AUGGAUCUUUCUGUUUUGCCGAAUAAUAAUCAUCCAGACAAAUUUCUUCGUCUUGAUGUUCAGACUUUAAUAGCUAACUCUGCAUUUUUACAUGCCAGACAAUGGCGCAACAAACUGUAUUUACAGAAGGAAAGCAACAAUAUUCCUGAAGCUGUGGAGCCACCAAAGGAGGAGAUUCCUGUUGUGGUUGAUAGGACAUUACGUGAGCACUUUACACCAGAAAUCAUCACAUCCACAAUUAAAAAUAACCCCUUGUACCAGGACAUUGAGAGAGUGGACAAAAGUGAAGUCAAAAAGAAGAACCCUUCAUGGACUGUUCAAGAGUAUGACAAACAGUCUAUGAAUCUCAAGCUUUCACUAUACCUUAAGGAAAAUCCUAAUGACUUACAUUACUGGCUGGAAGAUAUUUAUACUCCUGGGUACGACUCACUGCUGAAGAAAAAAGAGAAAGAAAGGAAAAAAACAAAAUACUGUAAAAUAUUUAUGGUUUUAGUCUUAAUUGGUUGCAUUUUGGUUGCCAUAAUAACUGUCUCUGUUUUGUUUACUUGA